UCAAAUAAAUCAAUUUUCAAGAUUUUGCAAAUUCGUCCAACUUGGAAAACCUAAUAUUUCAACCUUUUAAAAAAAUCAAAAAUUAUAUGUAAGUCCAGCAGUGCAACAGACUUAUGAUGAUAUAGAACAUGACAUUAUUGAAAGCAUGUCCCAUCAAGACGAAGUUAUCAUUUGUGGUGACUGCCAGCUAGAUUCCCCUGGUUGGUCUGCUACCAAGGGUACCUAUACCUUCAUGGAUCAUCAAUCUAAAAAAUUAGUUAUGAUGCAAUUUGGUGACAAAAGAGAGGUCAAUCUUCAGUCCACGAAGUUAGAAGUACACUUAUUUAUGAAAGGUAUGAAAUACUUAAUCAGCAAAAAGGAUCUCAGAAUUGAUGAAAUAUGCACUGAUGCUCAUGCAACUAUAAAGUGCUUGAUGAAAAAAGAACCAAUAUUGAAAGCAACACAUCACAGUUUAGAUGUAUGGCAUAAGGCAGGAAAAAUAACAAAAAAAAUCUCUCAGGAGGUCUCCAAGAAAAAACAACUGCAGCCACUUAUUAAUCCUUGGUUGGCACCCAUAAGGAAUCACUUUUGGUAUUGUUGCUCACACUGUGAAGAGGAUGAAUUAAAAAUGCGAGUUCUUUGGAUGCGUUUACUUAAGCAUAUAACUGGUGACCAUUUACAAUGCGAACACGAACCUAUGGAAGAACCUACUGAAGGAAAAACUUGGUUAGAUCCAACAGGACCAUCUAUGGAAAUUAUUCGAAAGCAUGUCAUGAAAAGUUCUUGGCUAAAAAGCUUUGCAUAUUACACCAAAAAUGGACACACAGGUCUUUUAGAGGCAUUUCAUAACUUAGUGUUAGCCUACUGUCCAAAGCGCAUUGGGUACAAAAAUGAUGCUUACAUCACCAGACAUCAAUUAGCAUAUUUGGAUUUUAACGGUCAUUUAAAUCGAGGACAGCUUCAAAAAAAAGAUGGUUCACUUGUUUAUGUCCGCAGAUAUGGAAAGAGGACAAAGCAAUGGUUUUUAGUAGCAGUACCUAAACCAAAGGACUAUAUCUAUAUACGAAGACUCAUGGCAGAAAUACUAUGGAGACGUCAUGUUGACAGGGGAAAUGUUAAUCGCGUAGGGAUUGGACGAGAAUGUACUAAAGCAUUACGUCAAAAUAUUGCUGCAACAACUGCUCCUUCCAUGGAAUUAUUACUUGAAAAACAUCAAGCAAGAGAAGAAAUGAAACUCCAAUAACUCUUAUCUGUUGGAAUUAUACACAGAAAUGUGCUGGUACUUACUAUUUCGUUUUUAUUUUUACAUUUUGUUAUGUCACAAGCACAAAACUAAUCAUCACAAUUGCUGCCAUUAUUUCUGCAAGGACAUCGGAUACAACGACCUUUGCACUUAUAGGAAAUAUUUUCCACUGCAUCCUAUAUAUAUAUAUAUUGAAAAUGUUACUACAUUAGUCUUAUAAUUUAAGUUUUUUAUUGCAAGCUAUAAUGUAUAUACUGACUUCUGGUUCUGUUGAUCCAUUACUAGUUGUAUCAUUGUAACUAUUCCCAUCUACUAAAUUUGAACUAACUACAGCAGCCUAAAAGCAAAGCCAUACCAUAAUCACAUUGAUAAUUUUUACGCUAUAUAAUGUAAGUGCGUUGUAAUUUAGUCUUCAAGUGUAUACGUACUUUUACCAAAAUGGGUAGCAAGGUAAACAAUUUUAUUGUUACUUGGAAAUUUAUGUUUUUGCAUUUACAUGGAUCACAUAGGCAAAAUCCAACUGUGCAUUUUACCCCAAUUUUACGACAGUCACACCCUUUUUGGCAGGAACCUUUGCAACUACUUUUUGUUUCAAUAACUGGGGCGCCACCAAUUAUGGCAUUGAUCUCACUUGACAAAUCUUGAUCAGCAUAGUCAGUUACGGAGUUGUUUGACGACUUUGGAUUUCUGUAACUAUAAAUUAUACAAUAAACUAUAAAUAAUCAUUUUUGUUUAGCUAAAUAUAAGCUACCAAUAUGUUAACUACCUAGCUAUGUAACUAGUUUUAUGUAUGUCAUAGCUAACUAAAUUUAUUAUUGGAAUAUAUAUAUUUUUUAUAUUACA